AGGUCGUCGAUGCAUGCGUGCUUAAUUCUACCACUUUUCAUAACAGUCGUCGCAGAAGAGUAUGAAUAUUUGCUGGGAACAGAUGAUCCGCAUUUGUACAAUGAUGCGCCUUUGGACUCAAGUUCCGAAGAUGUCUCUCAUAGCUUGGCUCCGUGUCCAACUAACUAUUUGGAUGGAGACGAUGGAAAAUGUUACAAGGUGUACACCAACCAUUCCAACUACGUCGACGCUUCACAUCAGUGCCAGCGUGAUGGUGGUAAACUUGUUUCAGUUACGAGUGCGAAGAAAAACGAUAUGAUCGCGAAAAUGGCUAAGGAUGCAGGUGUUAUAGUUUGGCUGGGAAUGAAAUGUAUAAAGCCACAUGUAGAAUAUUGUGCGUGGGACGAUUCUUCACGUGCUCCUUAUGCGUAUACCAGUUUUUUCCGAGGCAACCCAAACAGUAUCGGUGAAUGUGUCUUGAUGAUGAUUGGUGAAAUUGCCAAUGGAAAGUGGGUCAGCGCCGACUGUGAUUACAUGAGAAUUGGUUUUGUCUGUCAAGUUACUAGAAAAAAGUAUUGUGGCGAUUAUGAUGAAUAUAAGAAAGGUGGCACAUGUUACAAAGCGUUCAAUCUCCAUCUAUCUCAAGAAGAAGCGGAACAGUACUGCCAGCAGGACUGUGGUCAUCUCGCCUCUGUACAUAAUUUUGAAGAAAAUCAAUUACUUUAUGAAAUGGCCAAAAACAAUAUGAGCUAUGCACGCCUUGGCCUGAGAACUGUCAAUAACGAAUUAUCAUGGGGAGAUAACUCUACCUUUGAUUACAAUAAUUUCGGUGUCAACAAUACAGCACUUGGCGAUUGUGUAGCUAUGUCACUGAAAAAUGAAGUGAUACGUGCUACUCAAUGGAUAAAUGUGCCAUGCGAUCAAGGGCUGCCAUUCAUAUGUCAGAGAGCUCGAGGAGCAUGUUACAAUACUACCUCCACCCUUCCCUCUUCAACAAUGGCACCUACCACUUGUGACGAGCCUCAGUACUUUAGCCAAAAUGGCACCAUCUAUUCACCUGGUUUCCCUGGCUUGUACUAUGGGUUCAAAUCCUGCUACUAUAUUAUGACAGUGCCUUCUGAUCGAAACGUGCGAAUACAUUUUCCAUAUCUCAACCUUCACCCGGACAGCUGCAUUAAGCUCUAUAACUCUGUUAUCGAUUCGCUCCCCUCUGAUUCAGUGUCAUUUCUGACCCCACCGACGAAAUACUUCCAGUCGUCCACAAAUGUGAUGAAGAUGGUCUUUGUGCCACCACCGAAUGCGCAAGAACAGUGGUACAACGUUGAUUAUUCGAGCGCGUGGAAAGCGGAGUUUUCAUAAAACGCGUCAUGCAACGCACGUUUGCAAAGCUACGCACUGAAGCACAGUAGACCGUCACUGUAUAUUUCGAUAGCUUACUAAAGGUAUAAAGCGAUGGUAUUUACAGUAAUUUUGCGAGUACAAGACGCACC